GCAGAUGAAACCACAGCAGUGUGAACCACAGACAGAGGAAGGAGGAGGGUUUUACUCAGUGACUCUGAGCUGAUCAGAGAGCAGCUCUAACAUCCUCACAGAGUCAGGAUGGAGGGAACAUGUCUGCUGUGUCUGCUCUCUCUGACCUCCCUGCUGUGCUGCACCUCAGACUCAGCUGGUCUGACGGUGAGUCCCAGCAGCUCUCAGCUGUUUGAAGGAGACUCUGUCUCUCUGAGCUGUGAGGAGGACGACAGCUCUGCUGGAUGGAGGCUGAGGAGGAACACCACCAGAGAAACCAGGACUCAGUGUGGAGCUGACUGGGGAAGAUCAGCUGGUUCUUCCUGUAACAUCAGCUACACCUUCCCAUGGCACAGUGGAGUUUACUGGUGUGAGUCCAGAGAGGGAGCAACCAGUAACAGCAUCAGCAUCACUGUCACUGGUGGAGCAGUGAUCCUGCAGAGUCCUGUCCUCCCUGUGAUGGAGGGACAUGAUGUCACUCUGCACUGUAAAACAAAGACCCCUCCCUCCAACCUCCCAGCUGCUUUCUAUAAAGAUGGCUCCCUCAUCACAGAGACUACAGGUCACAUGACCAUCCACCAUGUUGACAAGUCUGAUGAAGGCCUCUACAGCUGUGACAUCAGAGGUCAUGGAGAGUCUCCACGCAGCUGGAUCACUGUCACAGAGAGACCUACAACGACAGCCCCGCCCACUUAUACAGCCCCGCCCCCUCCUGUGUUCUUCCUGAUCCGCUACCUGGUGGUGUUCAGUCCAUACUUCAUCUCCACUGGCAUCAUGGUGUCUUUAUAUAGACAGAGACCUACAGGAAAUCACCUGCCCGUCUCCGUGGUGAUGACCCCGCCCAGCCAGGCUGAGCAGGGAUUGGAUGAGGACUACGAUGAUGUCAUCUCUGAUGUCACCACAGAGCAUCACUUCUGAGCUGAACUCUGUAAAAGCUUGUUGUGUGAAAGCAGCUGAGUUCAUGUCUCUGUUCUCUUCAUGUCUUCUUCUCUUCUAAUGUUUCUUUCUCCUUGUUUCUCCACCAGUGAUGAAAUAAAUCUUUUUAUUUG